AUGAAGCAAAUAGGAUCGCCGUCUGUGAUUUCAGUUGCCUCUCAUUUCAGUAUUAUCGACCUUUUCAGAAACAAGCAAACUAGAUAUGCCUCACUUGCUCUUUUGAUCGGUUUUUUGCUGGCCUAUUGUACUUUUCUCUUUCAGUUAUAUCAAUCGGAGAAUGAUCUUGUUUUAACUAAGCGUCAGAAAGACACUUCUCUAGAAGAGAAGGAUAUGUCGCAAACUGUCAUGGCUGUUCAUAUCGGCCUACUUAGAAGACAACUAAUUGAUGAAGGAAUCAAUCCAAUUCCUACCCAGCAGGCACUCAAGUUUUCUCGUCAUUUCUUAACUUUGAAGAACAAAGGCUUUUUCGAUGACAACUUGCAUCGUUAUGUUGACCAUAAAUCGCUUCUCUACCGGUUGAUUCCUCUCCAUUCUGACUAUGAUCCAAGUAGGAUCUUCAAGUAUGAUUAG